UCUCAGGCCCAGAUUGACACACCGAAAAUUGCUUAGGGUUGUACAUAUUAUAUAUCCUCUGCAAAAGCUUUCGAUUUCUUCAGCCGCGAAGCUUCUUACAAUGGUGCACGUUAGUUUCUACCGCAACUAUGGUAAGACAUUCAAGAAGCCUCGCAGGCCUUAUGAGAAGGAGCGAUUGGAUGCUGAGCUGAAGCUUGUUGGAGAGUAUGGGCUGAGGUGCAAGAGGGAGCUGUGGAGGGUGCAAUACGCAUUGAGUCGCAUCCGAAACAAUGCUAGGAAUCUCCUCACCCUUGAUGAAAAGGAUCCCCGCCGAAUCUUUGAAGGCGAGGCCCUUCUACGUAGGAUGAAUAGGUAUGGCCUUUUGGAUGAAAGCCAAAACAAGCUCGAUUAUGUGCUGUCCCUCACUGUUGAGAACUUUCUUGAGCGCCGCCUUCAGACCCUUGUGUUCAAGGCUGGAAUGGCUAAGUCGAUUCAUCAUGCCCGUGUGCUAAUCAGGCAGAGGCAUAUUAGGGUGGGAAGACAGGUAGUAAAUGUGGCUUCCUUUCUGGUGAGGGUCGAUUCACAGAAGCAUAUAGACUUCUCGCUUACUAGUCCCUUUGGUGGUGGUCGUCCUGGUAGGGUCAAACGAAAGAACCAGAAAGCUGCUGCAAAGAAGGCUGGCGGUGGUGAUGAAGAAGAGGAUGAUGAAUAAGCAUUAUCUGUGUGAUAACCUUAUUCGCGUAACGGUUCAUUGCUCUUUCAAAAAAGAAUCUCUCCUGUUUUCUUUUUGAUAUACUCCUAUCUGGUUCUAUCACUUUUUUGUUUUUUGAGAUUAUAACAAACAAUUUUGUGUUUUAAGCGAGAAUGAAAUGAAUAUGAUGUCUUCACUCGCAA